AUGAGCUUAAUAUUAAAGCAUCAUCUAAUAUUACCGAAUUUCAAACUUAAUGAAACUAUCCCUUUCAAAAAUUAAAAAUCUAACUCAAUUACAACUUUGAGAUCAUAAUAAAAAACCUAAAAAAAUCAAAAAUUGAGUCUUGAUAAACAUUAACCAACUGUAGAAAUGUAAGCAAAUAAAACUGAUAUUACUUUUCCUGUUAUAAAUAAGACAUCUCCAAAAGAAACAACUUAUAAAUAGAACUUAACAAUAAGAACAGCAUACACUGAUGAUAAAACAAUUAAAGAUUAUUUAGAUCAUUUGAAUACAUUAAGAUCUUAGAAAAAUACUUAAAAACAAAAUAAAUUUAAGAAGGUCAGAACUGAAACUGAAAUUGUAUAAUAUGGAGAUGUUAAGUUUAAAAAAGUAAAAGAAAGCUCUAACAAAAAAUCUCUUGCUUUAGUAUCAAAUAUAAGAAAUCCUUAAUCUCAAUCCUAUAUCAAAUUUAGUUAAUAAAUUUUUGCACUUGUCUAUAGUUUAGAUAAUCUUAAAGUAUGAUUUCAUAUUUUAUUAAAGAAAUACAUUAACAAUGAAAGAAAACUAUUUUAGGUAAUUAAGUAACUUAUUGGAUUAAAAAAAAGUCUUAAGAAAAUAAUACUUAAACCAAAUGGAGAAGAAUUAGUAGAAUUCUCUGAAAUUAGUAAAUUAUGUUGUGUAAGAGAGAUAUAAUAUAUAAAUGGAGAAUAGAAAAUUGUUGAUAAAUUUGAUUUAUCUCUUUAUGAUGAUCUUGUGUAUUUAACAGAUACAAUAGAGAAUCUUCUAUUAUCAAAUGAAAUUCAUUCGAUCAAUAGGAUUAGUGAUAAUGUAAUUAUUUUUAUUAUUUAAAUAGAUCUAAAAGGAAACUGAAUAAAUACUUAAAAUAUAACAUUCUAUGAAUAUGCCUAAUGAAGAACAAAAAUUAUCAGUUUAAACAAUGUCUAUGCAAAGAUUUAAAAUUCAUGAUGAAAUUGAUACUAUAGAAUAAAAAUUGGGACCAUUAUAAUUAAUAUCAAGAUAAGUCAGAUAAACAUCAAUGGUAUUGAGUAGAAUUAUAAGCAGUUUAAAUGAAUGA